UACUGUAACUCAGGCGCCGCUGCUAAGAUCGAGUCCUCCAUAAAAAAGGAAGGAUAAAAUCGAGUCGCAUUGGACACCGCAGUCUUGAUUUCAAAGCGUACAGUGAAACAAUCGCGCAUAGAAACACACACCACGACCACGGAAAAACAAGCGAGAAUCGCGUCUCUACUUUUACUUUCCGUUGUAUACCGGUAAAACAGGGGCUGGCGCUUUAUUACACGUUUAAAUUUUUAGAAAUUGUAAAGUUUUGUGACACGAAGAGUGAUAUUUUGGUGACGAACUUACUAGAGAAUGCUAAGGCUGUGAUACUAGAUUUUUACAGAUAGGACAAUUUAGGCAAAUACGAUGACGUCGAAACUCGUACAAAUGCAGGCCCGCUUUCAGCAGAAGCAGAUGCAGGAAAAAGAGGAAAAACUACUCAAACUCUACGAGAAUCAGCAACAGAGGGCGUUCGAUAAAGUCGGAAGGAGCAGCGCCGGAAGCACGACGAGUUUGAGUUCGACCGGCGGUGGAAAAGUGCGACAAAUGUUUGACGAAAGGCGACAAAAAGCGGGAAUCGACAAAAGUUAUCCUUUGGAGCCUUUGAAAUCAAAAAGUAAUUCCAGGGGUGGCGUCGCUGAUAGGAAGAACGGUGUUACCACUAAAAAUAGCGUUAGAAGUGUGGUUCAGAAUAGUUUAAGCACUGUUAAAAAUGGUAAACCAGUUUUAAAGAAAAAAGAAAUCAUAGAAAGGCUGUACGACAACGACAACGGCAAAGAGUCGUACGAAGAAAACAGUUUUAGAACUGGAAAACUCUAUACGAACGGAGAUAGUCAAUCUAUGAAAAAUAUCGAUAAUAAUGUUGUUAAGAAACCUGAAAGUAAGAGCAAUACGGUGAGAACGACUAAAAGCAAUUCUGGAACAAUGAAUGGAAUUACUAAUGGUAAUAAAAAUGGAAAUAUUGCAAGCAAGAGGGCAUCAUUGACGAACGAUAGCAAACGAAUCGCCUCGAAUCUAAAAAAUAACGUAUCGUCUCAGAAAAAUAAUAAAAUUUUGAAUACAUCCAGGAAUAAUAGUCACGCGUUGAGUAUGGGUGAUAAGUCAUCCGUACAGGAAGUUCGCACGCCCACCGUACACCGCAACUCCGACAAACAACAAAGCCCCAGGACCGUGGUGGCCCGAGACGAUCUCAACGAAUGUAACUACUGCGGUAGACGGUUCGCGCAAGAUCGCAUCCAGAAGCACGAAGAGAUCUGUUCGAAGACGGGAAAGAAGAGGAGAAAACCGUACGAUGCCACCAAGCACAGAGUGGUCGGGACCGAUUUGGAGACGUACGUUAUGGCUAAAGUACCGCAAAGGAAGAGUUUGGGAAGUACAACUAAAAACACACAACGACAGUCUGUAACCACUAGCACUGGACAUAAAAAAGACUGGCGAAGAACACACGAAGAAUUCAUUUCGGCUAUUAGAGCGGCAAAGGAAGCGCAGGCGCACAUAGCUAAGGGAGGAAAACUUUCUGAUUUACCACCGCCGCCUCCAUCGACGAAUCCAGAUUAUGUGCAAUGUCCACAUUGUAACAGGAGGUUCAACGAAUCGGCGGCUGAACGGCACAUUCCGAAAUGCGCUGAAUACCAAUUUAACAAACCGAAACCUGGCUCAAAGUCAAAAUUACCGCCAAGAAAAUAGUAAAUAAAAAGAAGAUGGAAACGUAUGUAUGGAUCGUUAUUACCUGUUAUAUUUUUAUACCGCUUGAAUUAAUGCCGAACUGCAGCGAAAAUUAUUUGUAUUAUCUAAUAUUUUCUAUUUUUUACUAUUGUAUAUUAUACAGUUCAUAAAAAUAAAGAGUAAUAUAUUCGGGUAGAUAU